UCCCAAAUUUUUUUUUCUGAUUCUAACGAUACAUGCUCACGUGGUGUUGAAUUCGUGUUUAAAGCGAUGUGCUCAAAAAAGCAGGAUCGAGCGGAUGACGGUGCGUCAGUGUCGGCCGCGCGUACGGAGCAAAAGUACACGCAUGCGCAUUCAGGCGCCACUGAGCCUUAGAUUAGAAUGGAAUCCGAGUGCUGAAGUAAUCUCAGCACGGAUAAGGAAUUGCUCAAGAGUCCAAGACGGUUCAUCUUCAUAGUGAAUGCACUUGGAAUUUACUUCUGGCUGGAUUCUUUUUCUAAUACAAACUGUGCUUUUUGUUUUCAUUCGAAUCCAUGUCAAGUGCCACUCCCUCUGUACUGUCAGCAGUAGGUGAUAUGUGUUAAAUAACAGUCAGUUGUUGUCUCAUCACCAUGUCAUUGCCAGAGAAGCACCAGCCACUGCACGAGACGGAGGUGAGGUGUGAUAGCGAAGGUGGAGCUGUUACUGUGCGGAUAACUGACAGCCGUAAUCAACAGGUGGGUCCAGGCAAGGAGGGUGACCCUGUCAACAUGGUUUCCUCCAAACCUUGCAAAUACAGUAUCUCGUCAAGCUGCAGCUCGGGGGAGUUGGGUGUUCCCAGGGCUAUGAUGACUCGUCUGAGCAGUCCGAGGAGAGUGCCGCCGCUGUUUGAGAGGUCUGCCGCACAGUGCUGGGACCCCAAGUUUAACUCAGCCAUCCUGGAGGAGGCGUGCAGGGAACGUUGCUUCCCGCAGAUGCAGAGAAGGUUCCGCUACAUCCUGUUUUACCUGGCCACCACUGCGCUCCUGUGGGGGAUAUACUUUGGGAUCAAUAGCACCAGAUGUGACCCUACAAACUUCCUGGUCCCCACGGCAGGGUUUCUUGUACUGUGCCUCCUCCUCCUCUGGUUUACGUUCUCAAGGCCAUAUGCACGUUACUACAACCACACAUCCUUCCUACUUACAGUGAUCAUGUUUGGGAUCACCCUGGCGCCUCAAACGCACACUGCUCACUUUGCUCAUUUUGAUGUCCAAAAAACAAGCAAUCAGUCACUACUACCUACGUCUCAAAAUGCUCCAUGUAUAUCACCCGUUGGGACGUUCUCCCUCUGUAUAGAGGUGCUGCUUUUGCUGUACAGUGUGCUGCAUUUGCCCCUGUAUGUGUCGGUGCUUCUCGGCCUGCUGUAUUCUGUCCUCUAUGAGGCUUUAGGCUGGCUGCACCUUGCUCAGAUGGACGAUAGCUAUGUAGGGUCGGACUUGCAUACUCUGAGCUGGCUUGGCCUAGGUAAAGUUCUGCUGCACCUGUGCGCGCAUAUCAUUGGCAUCCACAUAUUCAUCAUGUCUGAAGUGCGCUCUCGGAGUACCUUUCUCAAGGUAGGUCAGGCAAUCAUGCACGGGAAGGGCUUGGAGGUCGAGAAGGCGCUUAAGGAGCGGAUGAUCCACUCCGUGAUGCCCCGGCUGGUGGCAGACGAGCUCAUGAAGCAAGGAGACGAGGAAAGUGAGAGCUCUGGGAAACGAUACAGUGCAGGUACCUGCUCCGUCGCCCCCGCAUCUGCCACGACCUCGUCCAGCCCCAAAAGCAACAAACGUAAGAAGAACUCUAUCCCUCGCGGACAAAUUAUUUUCAGGCCCUUCAACAUGAAGCGCAUGGAGCCGGUGAGCAUCCUCUUUGCGGACAUCGUGGGAUUCACCAAAAUGAGUGCCAACAAGUCCGCCCCUGCACUGGUAGGACUGCUAAACGACCUCUUUGGUCGAUUUGACCGUCUGUGUGAGUUGACCCGCUGUGAGAAGAUCAGCACUCUUGGGGAUUGCUACUAUUGCGUGGCGGGCUGCCCUGAGCCACACACCGAUCAUGCGUACUGCUGUGUGGACAUGGGGCUCGGGAUGAUCCAGGCCAUCGAGCAGUUCUGCCAGGAGACGUCGGAGACUGUGGACAUGCGUGUCGGCGUGCACACCGGCACCGUGCUCUGUGGUAUUCUGGGAAUGAAGCGCUUUAAGUUUGACGUUUGGUCCAAUGAUGUCAACUUGGCCAAUCUUAUGGAACAGCUGGGUGUGGCAGGAAAGGUGCACUUGUCGGAGGUCACAGCAAGUUUUUUGGAUGACCGUUAUGAGAGGGAGGAUGGACAAGUGAUGGAACGUGUCGGGCACAGUGUUACUGAUCAGCUAAAAGGUUUAAAGACGUAUCUGAUCUCGGGAUGGAAGAUGGGCUCGCAGUGUGGCUGUUCCCAGCUCAGUUUGGGCCGAGACUUCAGCGAGAUGUUGAGUCCAUCCUCAAACACACACACUCCAGAUCUCUCACACUGCACCGUCGCUGAACCUCUCUCGCACGGCAAGCCUAUGUGUGCAUCCUGUAUCAUCUCCGUAGAUGUUGUUGACGAUCCUGUAGCAGAUGAAGCAACUCGAAAUGGCUGCCAGGAUGAACACAGAGACAACAGCAGCAGCAAGUUUCCUGCAGGCUGUAGCCCUAAAACCCUGAACGGGCUGUUGAGUCCUCUGUGUGAGGAGCGGGUGCGAGUCAGCCAGUCGUCUCUGUGCGACAAACUCCAGGAGAAGAACAGGAGCUGGGUGGGAAGUCUGGCUGCAGAAGGAGGCAGCGCCAGCGGCAUGGACCACUCAGCCAUCCUCCCGCUGCGCUCCAAGAACUUUAGGGAAAAAAGCGACGUGCACUUUGUGGAAGUGAUAAAAGAAGACAGUCUGAUGAAGGAUUACUUCUUCAAGCCACCCAUUAACAAGCUGAGCUUGAACUUCCUUGAAAAAUCUCUGGAGUCAGCUUAUCGCACCAGCUACCAUGCAGAGGUGCUGAAUCAGGUGCCGGUGCAGACGUUUGCAAGUCCAGUCUUCAGCUCGCUGCUUGAUGUUUUGCUGUCUUGUGCUGUUUUUCUCGCCCUGACCUUUGCUUGCUUCCUGUAUCCCCUUGUUACCAUGGAGACGCCCCUGGCAACCACACUCUGUCUGGCAAUCACAGCUGCUCUGGUGGAACUGGUUUCUCUCGUUUUGUCCAUUCGUAUGGUGUUUUGUCUGGAUGAUGUACAGAAUUGUACCCGGUCUCUGUUGAAGCUGGUGUCUGGCUGGCUCCCGCGUCAUGUGAUCGGGGCUGUGCUCGUUUCACUUCCUGCUGUGUCCGUCUUCUCCCACCUGGCUUACAGUCUGCAGCUGCCCAUCCAGGUGACCAUGUUCCUGUGCUGUGCUCUCAUUAUUGCUAUUAUCCAGUACUGUAACUUCUGCCAGCUGAGUUUCUGGAUGCGCUCAACUCUGGCCACUGUAGCUGGUUUGUCUUUACUCAUCCUGCUCUACAGUGCCACCACUAGGCCCAGCGCCACUGACAGUUUUCCAGCUUCUAGGAACAUGAGUAACCAGAGUGCCGAAGUAGAUCAGACAGGUGAGUUGGACUCUGGGCCCACAGCGCUCGACCUGCUCGUCCUAGAGACCGUACUCUCCUUCUUCCUCCUGCUGAUGCUGGUUUGGUUUCUCAACCGGGAAUUCGAGGUCAGCUACCGCCUGCAUUACCACGGGAAUGUGGAAGCUGACAAGCAUCGCAUCAAGAUCCAGACCAUGCGAGAUCAAGCGGACUGGCUGCUGCGUAACAUCAUCCCCAUCCAUGUUGCCGAGCAGCUGGAGGUGAACCAGAGUUACUCUAAAAAUCACGAGAACGUCGGAGUCAUCUUCGCGAGUAUUGUCAACUUCAGCGAGUUCUACGAAGAGAGCUAUGAGGGUGGGAAAGAGUGCUACAGAGUACUUAAUGAACUCAUCGGAGACUUUGACGAACUGUUGCGCAAGCCUGCAUUCUCAAAUGUAGAGAAGAUUAAAACCAUUGGUGCCACCUAUAUGGCAGCGUCUGGAUUAAAUGGGCAGCAGUGCCAAGAGCAGCCCCACCCGCACACCCACCUACGUGCCCUCUUUGACUUUGCCCUUGAAAUGAUGCGUGUGGUGGACGAUUUUAACAAGAACAUGUUGGGUUUCAAGUUCAAGCUGCGAAUUGGCUUCAACCACGGGCCCCUGACUGCCGGCGUCAUCGGCACUACCAAGCUGCUUUACGACAUAUGGGGCGACACGGUCAACAUCGCUAGCCGCAUGGACAGCACGGGAGUGGAGUGCCGCAUACAGGUUAGCGAAGAGAGCCACUGUGUGCUUAAUAGAAUGAACUACGCCUUUGAUUAUCGUGGCACUGUAAACGUGAAAGGGAAAGGGCAGAUGAGGACUUACCUGUAUCCCCAAAUGAAUGAAGGCAGAUCAGGGUCCACACAAAGCCUGGAACAAGGCCAGGUGGAUGGUGCUGUUGUGCAUUUAGAGCCCACAACACUUGCCAAUGCAACAACAAGAACAUCCGCUGCACCACUAAACCCCCCAUCCACCUCUCCCAAUGUUGCCUCUAUCAGUGGCCACGGUGUGCCUCAGGGCCGUGGAUUAGGCCCGUCUCAGAUUACAGAGGAGUUGCACCAAGACUCUAAAGACAAUUCUCCUCUCCCAGAGCUCAAAGAAAAGGAUUACCAGAGUCCUUAUCAAGCACCAUCGCUAAGUGGUACACAACCUCAAUCAAUAGCACAACUAUAUGCACCAUUAGCCAGACCAGAGACACCUUUACAAGGAGAGGAAGAAGACGAGGCAGAUGAGCGUACAAAGCUCAGGGCAAUGGAGUGAUUAAAAUUUCCUCCUCACCUCAGCUGACCUUCGUCAAGAGCCAAUCAGCAGUUAAUUUUCAGGCUCUACUUCCUUCCUGCUUUUCCGACCACAACUGUUGGAGUUCCAAUGAGUAGCAUUAGCCUAUGUAGGGCAUAUGUGUUGAUAACGUGACCUAAAUAGAAAAAUGGGUGCGGUAAGCAUCUGCUUUGUGGAUCACAGUGUAGCACAGAGGGGCAAAUGGAUGGAGUUAAUAUUUCUGAUGUUCUCCAAUUUUUUUUUGUUUAUAAAGUGCCUUCACAAUAUGUAAGAUCAGUCAAAUGAACAAAUGAAAGAAAUGUUUGAACAAAUAUAUCAGCAUGGUUUUUUGAAGAAAAAAAAAGAUGUGGACCGAGAAAAAUGCUGUUUUUUGUAAUGUAUUACACCUCUAAUACCAUGUUAAUUUUUUCAUUUAUUUCAGUAUUUCUUUCUCUCUCUUUGAGACAAAAUAAUCAAAAACGAGCCAAUUGCUAAUUAGAAACAGGAUUACAGGCUAAUGUUUUAAGGUUAUUAUAAUGAAUAUGCAGUAUAUUAGUUUCACUGCUCUACUAUGUGGGCAGUCACCUAUAUCACAUUACAAUGAAACUAAGGCAAGGGCAGAUAGAUAAAGAUGGGCUUCCGGCACUUCUGUCCACAAUGCCCAUAUUAAUAUCCAGUAUAUAUGGCAGGAAACAAUGUAGCUUUUAUCAAUGGGAGGUAAAAUGUCUCACGCACAGUAGCACCCUAAACUCAUAAAAUGAGGAAAAACAGCACAGUCAGCCUUAUUUUUUGAAUCGCAAUCAAUAAGGAUGGCAGAAACCAUGCUGUGCGCUCUCUCCCCUUCAUUAGAGGACACAAGGGCCGAUGAUUGUAAUGCAUUGGGAUAUUCAGAGUAUAAUGUUUGUUGAAAACAUGCUGUGUUUGGAGGUUCAGUGCAUUUUUUUUGCAUAAAAUUUAGCCCCACAAUUUAGUGUUUCUCAUUGCCUGAGGGAAUGUCCUACAGGAUUCAAAAUUAAAUUAAUAAAUCAAUUUUUUCAGCAUGGCACUUAACCGUAUUUAAGGAUCUUAACACAGCAGAACGAGUGCCACUGUGUUUUUCCCUCCAGUAAACUCCAGCCAGCGAAACCUUCAAUGAAGGGUUCAGUUGAACAGAUUUUGUAUGAAUUUGUUUAUCAGUGCAUUUUAAUUCAUUUCAUUCAGUGCCUCAAACCUUUUCAUAUUCGAAUCAGUUGUUUUUCACUGUGAUCAUGCCAGCAGAGUCGGAGUUGGUAUUGCUAUAGUUUUUGUUGAUCACACUGCACUUGAGAUACCCGUUCACUCCAUGGCCUUGAGGAAGAAGGUUCUUGUGUUGCUAUAUUUGGCGAGCGGCUUGCAAUUUUGUUAUAAUGCAUUUAUUCUGCCUACUUUUUAAAAAAGAUUUGUAUCUGAUAGUUUUUUUUUUUUUUUUGAGUGUCAAUUCUGUUGACAUUUUUUUUUUCGACAUUUGUGCAGAGAUCUGAUUUUCUUUGCUUUUCUUUAACUGAUUUUUUUGUUGCUGAUGAGUUCAGAACACUAGAGAAUAAUCUGCAGUAUAUCUCGCGAUGUGUCUUACAUUUCAAUCAUCAGUCGAGCAAAGCAAUUUUAGUUUCUCAAAGCAAGUCCUUUAUUAGUCCACACCGGUUGGAUCUGUAUCCUCUGCCAUCAUGUAUAGUGAAUAAGCUUGGCUCUGAGGUUUGAGGACAGAUUUCUUUCUUUAUUUCUGUUUACAGAGCAAUCACUACUUUGUUCUCAAAAAUGGAAAAAAAAUCCAGUGCUUUUUUUGUUCAUUCAUUUUCUUUUUCCCUCAGUUGUAAUACCAGGUUGCUUCAGAGUCAAACUAUCAGUGUGUCUUUUGAUGCCGCAGCUUUCAGAACACCUGCAAUUUUAUGUUUUUGUAUCAUAUUAUUAUUUCCUCUUUGAUGUGAAAUAUAAUUCCAGCCUUUAAAAAAAAGAAAGAAAAAAAAAAGUACAGUGUAUCUUUAAAUGAAACUUUUCGGGAUGGAAAAGGGAUUUGAUUUUGCUGUUAAUUGUUUUAUGGUGCACUGCUUUCCAGCCAACACAUUCACCUUUGAGUUAUUGUAUCACUCCAUUGGCUAAAGAAGCCCAGUGCUGACAGUAUUGAAUUAUAAUUAAUUGUGCAUAAUGUAUGUGGUUUUGUAUUAAAUGCAUUUGUAUUUAUUGGGGCUGUGCAUGAAUCUGUGUGCAGCCACAGAGCCUAAUAUCAAAAGGGCAUAUUUAUGAAAGGGAGCCACUUAAAGCAAGGAGAAAUGGGUCUAUACGUCCAUGCGAGCCGCCCAGUUUCCCCUAACGUAACAAGCACCUAAGGCCUAAACUCUUGAAAAGUGCCUCCGAUUCAAUUCUACUAAAGUUUUAUGAUAUUUUAAAUGAACUAAAAUGGAAAAGUGUGAAUUUAAUCUUGUUUUAUGUGAUUGUUCCCACUUUCUCACCACUGCCCGCGUACUUGUAGGUUUGCUGCAUUGUAGUUUUGAAAAUCAAGGAUUGAUUUCAGUUUGGAGAAUCAUAUGUUGUUUUUAUUUUCAAUUUUUUUGCCAUUGUCACGUGAAUUACACUGCGUCACAGUUUUGUUUUGUAUAAAUUUGAACAAAUCUUAAUUGGCUGAGAAAUAUUUGAGUGCAAAUCUGCACAUUUGUUUUGGUGCUCAAGAGUGUUAAAAAUGUGCCCUUAAAUAUGACUUCACAUGCUUGUAUUAAUUAUUUUUGUGCCAUAUAUGGGAAUGUGUAUACCAAAGAAUUUUAAUGGUGUGGGCAGAAGCUGUAAGACAGAGCUGUGGAAUGUGGGCAAGAUAUUUUUGUUGUUGUUGUUUUUUUCCCAGCAGCACAUGUUCUUCAAUAAUUUGUUCUUAUGUACAUGAAACACAGCGGGUAUUGAUUUAUUAGCCGCUAUAUUCAGGCAAAAAGCAUAAUCUGUAUACAUUUGCACAGUGCACUCACUUUGUAUGUACAUAAUCAUGUAUUGUUGUAUUUGAUUUUCAUGUUUCAAUGUUGAUGAUACAUGUGCAUGUGCCAGAUUUCGAGAGUAGAGAAACAAUGAAAAGAUACCAGAAGCGG